CGUCAGUCUGGCGUCGGUCCGCAGCUCAACUCGAUUCAAACUUUUCUCUCGGUCCAGUCCGAGUCGAGCCGAGCGGAGCCGAGCGGAGCCGACAGCUUCACCCAGACGAUACCUCUCACCUGUCAGGUGAGCCGAGCCGAGCCGAGCCGAGCCGAGCCGGGUCGUGUUCCACCUGCUCUCCGAGCCGAAGAGGAGCGACCGCCGGCGGGUGUCGGUGUGUGGACGAGCCGCGGACGGAGGCACCAUGUCGGGCUCCGGUCAACAGAGUCUGGACGAGGUGGACAUCCUGGACCCGGAGUUCCAGCAGCGUCUGGAAGACGCUCGCACGCUGCUGAGGCAGGAGAUCCAGCGGGAGCUGAAGAUCAAGGAGGCGGCGGAGCGGCUGCGACGAGCCGUCACCAACCGCAAGAGUGCGUCAGACGUGGAGGGACAACUGAAGGCGUCGAGCAGGAAGCUGGACCAGCUGCACUGGGAACUGAACGAGCUCAACGCCCGGUCCAUGGCCACGGAGCGAGACCGGACCUCAGGCCCGGACGAGACGGACGACCCGUUAGCUGAGUCGUGUCAGUGGCAGGAAGUGAGGUCGCCUCGGGCCGGUCGGGUCAGAACUCUGAAGAAACAACUCACCAUGGAAACCAAAGUGAAGCAAGGCGCCGAGAACAUGAUCCAGACCUACAGCAACACCUCGGUGAAGGACAGGAAGAUGCUGUCCACGGCUCAGCAGAUGUUGCAGGACAGUCGCACCAAGAUCGAGCUGCUGCGAAUGCAGAUCGUCAAAGUGGGUCAGGCCAGAGACGACGAGCGAGAAGGAACUCACGGCCACGCUGUGGAGACCAUCGCUCCUCUGGAGCUGCGACUCGCUGAACUCACGCAUCACAUGAAGAUCGAGUCGGCCGUCGCAGAAGGCGCCAAGAACGUGGUGAGGCAGCUGAGCGGGCGCAAGAUCCAGGACCGCCGCAUCCUGGCAGAGGCUCAGGCUCGGAUGCAGGAGUCGUCUCAGAAGGUGGAUCUGUUGCGUCUGUCUCUGGAGCGGCGUCUGAGCGAGUUGCCUCCCGAUCAUCCCAAACACACCAUCAUCAAAGAGGAGCUGGCGUUGGGAAACUCCCCGUCCGGCGGCACGCCGAAGAAACAGUCCAACGCUCUGUCCUCCUCCUCGCACUCGUCCUCCUUCUUCAAACCCGCCAGUCUCACAGGUCGGUUGGAGGUGUGUCUGAUGGGCUGUCAGGACCUGUUGGAGUCGGUCCCGGGUCGCGGUCGCGUGACCGGCGUCCCGCUCACGCCCGGAAGCCUCUCGGAGGGGAAGUCUCUGAAGGCGAGAGCCGGCCUAUCGGGACGCAGCGCCAACGGCAAGACGACCAAGUCCGAGGACCUGUCCUCGGAGAUCAGUGCGGUGCUGAAGCUGGACAACAGGAUCGUGGGUCACACUCACUGGAGGCAGCUGGGGAAGGAGGCCUGGGGCCAGAGCUUCAGCAUCGAGCUGGAACGAUCCAGGGAGCUGGAGAUCGCCGUGUUCUGGAGAGACUGGCGGGCGCUGGGCGGCGUGAAGUUCCUGCGGCUGGAGGACUUCCUGGACAACCGGCGACACGGCAUGUGUCUCCAGCUGGAGCCUCAGGGAAUCCUCUUCAUCGAGGUGACGUUCAUCAACCCUGUCAUCGAGCGGCGUUCCAAACUCCAGAGGCAGAGGAGGAUUUUCCCUAAAGAAAAAGGGAAGGAUUUCCUUCGCGCCACCCAGAUGAACAUGAACUUCGCCACCUGGGGCCGUCUGGUGAUGAGCAUCCUGCCUCCCUGCAGCUCGCUGGAGCCCAUGAGUCCUCCGCUGGCCGGCCCCACGUCCUCCAACAUGCCGCAGUCGCAAGAAUCUGCUGUCGUGAGUCUGAACUUCUCUGAAGAUCAACCGGGCAGAUCUCCACAUCGCAGCAGGAAGAACAUCAGAGGCUCUCCGCUGUCUCCCGGUGAAAACAAGAGUCCGAAGCCGGAGAGACAACCGUCGAUCCUCCCGACUGCACACCGUGACGACGGGCUGCAGAUGGACGACUUCAACUGUCUCUCCGUCCUGGGACGAGGUCACUUUGGGAAGGUUCUGCUGGCAGAGUACAAGAAGUCGGGGAAACUCUUCGCCAUCAAAGCUCUGAAGAAAGGCGACAUCGUGACGCGUGAUGAAGUCGACAGCCUCAUGUGUGAGAAGAGGAUCUUCGAGGUGAUCAACACCUCGCGACACCCGUUCCUGGUGAACCUGUACGGAUGCUUCCAGACGUCGGACCACGUGUGCUUCGUCAUGGCCUACUCUCCGGGAGGAGACCUCAUGACGCACAUCCACUCCAGCAUCUUCACCGACAAACAGGCGCGGUUUUACUCGGCGUGCGUGCUGCUCGGUCUGGAGUUCCUUCACCAGAACCACAUCGUUUAUAGGGAUCUGAAGCUGGACAAUCUGCUGAUGGACGCAGACGGUUUCGUCCGGAUCGCAGACUUCGGCUUGUGUAAAGAAGGGAUGGGCCACGGGGAUCGAACCUCUACGUUCUGCGGCACGCCCGAGUUCCUGGCUCCAGAGGUUCUGACCGACAACAACUACACUCGCAGUGUGGACUGGUGGGGGCUCGGGGUCCUGGUCUAUGAGAUGUUGGUGGGGGAGUCUCCGUUCCCGGGCGACGACGAGGAGGAAGUGUUCGACAGCAUCGUCAACGACGACGUGUGCUUCCCUCGCUUCCUCUCUCCCGAGUCGGUGUCGCUCAUCCAGAAGCUGCUGCAGAAGAAUCCGGCGACGAGACUCGGAGCAGGUGUCGAAGACGCCUCGGAGAUCAAGAGACACCGAUUCUUCCAGGCGACGGACUGGGACGCCCUCCUGGCCAAGACGGUGAAGCCGCCCUUCCUGCCCGUCAUCCGGGCGCCGCAGGACGUCAGCAACUUCGACGAGGAGUUCACUCGCCUGAAGCCGGUGCUCACGCUGCCGCGCACGGCCUGCGUCCUCACGGCCGAGCAGCAGCAGAUCUUCACCGACUUUGACUUCUCUUUCAUGAGAUGACCCCUCCCCCUCAUCUUCAUCAUCCCUGCUUUUAUAGGGUUAGACAGAAGCUUCUUCACGUCCUCGUCGUCUUCACCUCUCGGCAGAAUCCGCCUGUCGCACUUCCACAUCGCUUACUGUUUUUGGGCUCUGACAAAUAGAUUCCGUGUCGACUGUUUGUCCUCGAGCUGUCGCAGCUUUUGCUUCGGAUGUUUGUUUUUUAUUAAACCGAGAUUAUGACAGGGAUUCAGGACGUUUCAGCACUUUCUCAGUCUGAUUCUGAUUCUUUAAAAUUGCUGAAUCAGACGAAGAAACUUUCGUCUGUCCGUCUGAUAAAUAACCUGUGAAAUGUUGUCGGGGUCCAAUUUACUGGGAAAUUAUUUUAACUUUGAUCUUUCUCAGUUCACUUAAACUGUGUUUUGGGUUUUUUAAAAUAAUUUUGCCUGUUAAGUAUAAAAACCACAUGAAGGAAACAUUGAUGAAUAAAUUAAACCUCUGCUGGACGUCAACCAGGA